AUGGGGCUUGAAGGAGAAGGAGAUGAAGAAGACGAGAAUGAUGAUCAUAAAGCUAAAAUCAAUAUACAAUCGUUGUCUCUCUCCUUCCGUCUUGAAGGUCUUGGAUUGACUGUUCCACAGCUUCAGAAGACGCAAAUCUAUUCACCGAUCAAAGCAGUUUCUACUGUUAUGCUUCUAUGCUUCUAUGCUUACUCUUCAAUUCGGUAUUGGGAAAACAGUACCCAUUAUGGUGUUGAAAGGGUAGGCUCCGGUAGCAUGGGGCUUGAAGGAGAAGAAGAUGAUGAUGACUGCAAAGAUGACCAUAAAACUAAAAUCGGCAUAAGAUCGGUUCAACGAUUUACCAAAAGAAAGGGCACUAUUUACAACAUGGAUGGAGGAGCAUCUCCAGAAAUGUUGCAUCCUUCACCUGCGAUGCUCUCUAAUCCACCACCAGAUGGACCACAAGGAAGAUUUGCAUCUGGUGGCUAA